AUGAAGAGAUGGGGAGGAAUCAAGUCUGAUGCCUGUUGGGCUUUAGCCGAGCGCGAAAUGCGCAUAGUCAGCCUAGUGAAUGUGCAGGAGGCGCCAAUUUUUGACCGUCCCACACUAAGGCCUUCUGGGAGAUCAUAUAGUGCUCCCAGCUCCCAGAAGCUGGCGGUUGUUGCAAAUUCGCAUGGUCAACCCGCUGAACGCACAGGCGGCAUCGUUCUUGUUUUUGUGCCAUCUUGCCAGCCCCUAGGGGAUCAUUUGAUCUUCUCAUCUCCGAGAGGCUGGCUGCUGUUGCUGAAAUUGGUUAUCCAUGCAGGUGGCAUCCAAGCAGUCGUUAAUCUGCUCUCAAAGCCUUUGCGCAGUCCACUCAUGGCCGACUCUGAGGUACGGCUCUCGCUGUAUUUUGUUCUUAUGCCAUGA